AUGGGGUGUACAUAACAAAAACAAUCGUCUCCAUCAAGAAAGAGAAAUGAUGAUAGCACAACUAAUGGAUAAUUCGACACAAAAUUAACUUAAAAUGUUAUUACAAUAUAAUAUUUCAACCAAAAAUAAAUUCGAUCAAAGAUUAAUUCGGGAAGGCACUAUAAUUUUGUUCUUUAACAGGUUACCCUACAAAACAAUAUAUGUAAAACAUCUAAUUUGAUAAUUAUAGUAAAUAGUACAAUCAUGGUUAGGAGAAAAAAUCAAGAAAACUUACCUUCCAAAAAAGAGUAUAUGACAAGCUCUAAUGGCUGUAAUUGA